CGCUAAACUCGCAACAUGUCCGCCAGCAGGAACCUCAAGCAAGUGAGGAUCGAGAACAGCUCCCCGGCGGCCGCCCCUCCGAUGAGCAUGGUGGGCGGCGGCAGCAUGAAGGGGCUGCGAGGGCUGGAGCAGCAGCCGCCGCCGCCUGAAAACGAGGGGUCGGCGGCGGCCAUGGGGCUGGGCCAGGAGGAAGAGGAGCCGAGCAGCGGCGGCUUCACCGUCGACAUCAAGAGCUUCCUCAAGCCCGGCGAGAAGAGCUACACGCAGCGCUGCCGCCUCUUCGUGGGGAACCUGCCCACCGACAUCACCGAGGAGGACUUCAAGCGCCUCUUCGAGCGCUACGGGGAGCCCAGCGAGGUCUUCAUCAACCGCGACCGCGGCUUCGGCUUCAUCCGCCUGGAAUCACGGACUCUGGCUGAAAUUGCCAAGGCAGAACUUGACGGAACUAUUCUGAAGAGCAGACCACUGCGAAUUCGAUUUGCUACCCAUGGGGCUGCUUUAACAGUGAAGAAUCUUUCACCUGUUGUUUCCAAUGAGCUUCUGGAACAAGCUUUCUCUCAGUUUGGCCCCGUGGAAAGAGCUGUUGCUGUCGUAGAUGAUCGUGGCAGAGCAACUGGAAAAGGCUUUGUAGAAUUUGCUGCAAAACCUCCAGCUCGGAAGGCACUAGAAAGGUGUAAUGAUGGAGCAUUCCUGCUGACAACAACUCCUCGACCUGUUAUUGUAGAGCCUAUGGAACAAUUUGAUGAUGAAGAUGGGCUGCCUGAGAAAUUAAUGCAAAAAACUCAGCAGUAUCAUAAGGAAAGGGAGCAGCCACCUCGUUUUGCCCAACCUGGAACUUUUGAGUUUGAGUAUGCUUCUCGGUGGAAGGCCCUUGAUGAAAUGGAAAAGCAACAGCGUGAGCAAGUCGAUAGAAACAUCAGGGAAGCGAAGGAGAAACUGGAGGCAGAAAUGGAAGCAGCUCGACAUGAGCAUCAGUUAAUGUUGAUGAGACAAGAUCUGAUGAGGCGUCAGGAAGAACUGAGACGAUUGGAAGAACUUCGAAAUCAGGAGCUACAGAAACGAAAGCAAAUACAAAUGAGACAUGAAGAAGAGCAUAGACGACGUGAAGAAGAGAUGCUGCGUCAGAGAGAACAGGAAGAAAUGAGGAGGCAGCAGGAGGGAGGAUUUAAGCCAAAUUUCAUAGACAAUAGAGAACAGGAAAUGAGAAUGGGUGAUAUGGGUCCUCGUGGAGCAAUAAACAUGGGAGAUGCCUUUAGCCCAGCACCUGCUGGAAACCAAGGUCCUCCUCCUCCUCCUCCAAUGAUGGGUAUGAAUAUGAACAACAGAGGAACAAUGCCUGGCCCUGCAAUGGGUCCUGGUCCUUCCUUGGGGCCAGAAGGAGCUGCAAACAUUGGGACACCAAUGAUGCCAGAUAAUGGAGCUGUGCACACUGAGAGAUUUCCUCCAGGAGGCCCUCCACAAAUGGGUUCAGCUAUGGUUAGUAGGACAGGCUCUGAAACCCCUCAGCCGUCUAUGGGUGGUGUAGGUGCCGUCAAUAGUGGACCCGGUGGCUUUGGUAGAGGAAACCCAGGGGGCAGCUUUGAAGGACCUAACAAGCGUCGCAGAUACUGAAAUUUUCAUUCCUUA